AUCACUCUGUAAAACUCCAGGCAAUUAGUCUUUAAUGAUGUUUUUAAUCUCGUAUAAAUCGUUUUGAUUUUCCCACACGAUUCAUCUGCUCUGUCUCUCAUCGGUAAUCUGUGCUGUUUUUUUUCUCGGAUCUUUUCAUUUUUGCCCUGAUAAUAGAUGUUAAAAAGGGGUUUUUUUUUUUAAAAAAAAUCUGGGAUGAUUUGUUUUGGUUUUAAUUCUGUUAUCCUGAUCCGAAGUUUUCGAUAAAAUCUGGGGUUUUUUGAAGGCAGAUCAGAGAAGAAGAGGAAGAAGAAGAAGAAGGGGAAGUGAUUUUAUGUCGGCAAGGUUUGGAUUGGGUUUAUUGUUUGGGGCUUUAUUAUCGCUGAAGAAGCUCUGGCUAUCAGUUUCCUCUGCGUUUCUCAAUCUCUGUAUGCCAAAAUCUCUCCUCUGCUGUUCAGUCCAGCAGAGAAACGCCUCUUUUCUCCCGUCCGUUUCGAUGCGUUUGAGGCCCAAAAGGACUUGUUCUGGAGUGGAGUGUUUUGGAGGGUAUCACAUAAAACGAUUCUUAAACACUACUUUCUGCAUACAGCCUUAGGCGUUUCUUGAUUCUCAAAGGAGAGCCUUUUUUCCCACCCGGCAUAUCUUUUCGGUCAUAGAUUCAUAUAUAUAUUUAUUAGGGUUCUUUGAUUUUGUUUUUGGUUAGUAUUGCUUGUUGGUAUUGUUGUUCAACCAGAGAGGGGUUUUCUUGAGAUCUGUUCUUGGAAGUGUUUGAGGAGAAGAUGAUGUUUCCCCAGAGAAAAUCUGUGUCGAGUAACGGUCCGAGGGUUGUGGGCAGGCAAAUGAAAGCCCGACCCGGACCCGAACUCGGGAUUCGGAUGAGGAGGGUCCGGAUCGUUUGUGAUGAUCCGGAUGCGACGGAUAGUUCGGAUGAUGAAUGGUCUGAAGGGAAGAAAGGGAAGCGCUUUGUCCAUGAAGUCCUGCUUCCAAUGACACAUGAUUUGGUGAAGAGUGGUCGCCCAGAAGAGGUUAAUGGCACCUCUUCACAAGACAGCAUCAGUGAGGCCAAGAGGAAUAACCUGAAGAAGAAGAGGGUUUUGGGGAAAAACCCCGAACCGGUUUGCCCGUCCAACCCGUCCAAGAUCCGUGGCGUCCGCCAGCGGAAAUGGGGCAAAUGGGCUGCUGAGAUCCGUGAUCCGUUCCAGUCUAGGAGGAUUUGGUUGGGUACUUAUGAUACCGCGGAGGAAGCUUCUAGAGCCUAUGAGACCAAGCGUCUCGAGUUUGAAGCAAUGGCUAAGAACAACAACAAUGGCGACAACAACAAUGUUUUGGGUCUGGACCCACACGUUUCCGAGGGAUCCGUGGGAAGCUUUGGCUCCUCUGUCGCGGAAAUGGACUCCUCCACUUCCCCUCCCGAGAAGACGGCUGGGGGUAUUAUCGGAAUUGAGAAAACAGGGGACGGAGACGGUCUCUCGUUGGCCGAAAUUGCCGAAGGGAUGGACUUUGCCAUGGACUUGGACGUGGCGCUGGUGGGCGAUGACUUUGCGUGUUUUGACGACUUUGCCCUCGGCGACUUUGAUGGCAUCCCGCUCUGCGGGUUCGACGACGGCGGGGACCACCUGCCCCCUGCCCCCGGGCUGCCCGAUUUCGACUUCGACUUCAACUUCGAAGAGGGGUGGAUGAUGGCAAUGGACGACACCCCCCCACUUCUGCCCGGAGCGGCACCCCUCAAUGUUUCUUGCACUUGAGUGGAGAAACAAACACAGAAUAACAAGUUUUGCAGCUAAUGUAGGGACUUUCUCGUCAUUUCGUCUAUAAAGUACGCGGUCUAGUUCGCGUACCGAUUUUGAGUUACAAAAAAAAAGGGUUCCGAGUUUUCGAUUUUGGCACUCCGUUGGGUUUUCCGUGAGCUAUUAGAGCCGUCCCAGUGGCUUAUUUAGAUGUCUCUUCUGCUUUCCUCUUGAUGAGGAUAUGAAUGAAUGUCUCAAGUUUUGUUAUGUUUUUUUAGAAUGUUUUUGGGAUCCUAUGUUAUGAACUUAUAUUGUCUGAUGAUCUUUUUUAAUGUUACUUCUUAGUAUUAUG